UGGCGGCUUGGGGGAUCGUGCGCGCAGACCCCUCCGGAAGCCCGAACGGGGCGCCCGCGAUGCCAGCUCUGGGCAGCUUCCUCGUGGCUCUCGCCCUGCACACGGUGGGCGCCAAGCAAGACUUGUUUCUUCGAAACAGCACCCCUGAAGUGGGAUUCCUUUCCUUUUAUGAUGUUUGGAAUCGCAGCUCCUGCCAGCCUAUGGAAAAACUGGUUAAUAUUAUGUCCGAGUACCCCAGCGAGGUGGAGCACAUGUUCAGUCCUUCCUGUGUCUCCCUUCAUCGCUGCAGUGGAUGCUGUGGAGAUGAGAUCCUUCAGUGCAUCCCAACAGAGAUAACCAACGUCACCAUGCAACUCCUAAAGAUGAAAUCAGGGGAGCAGGCAUCCUAUGUGGAGCUGUCAUUUGCUGAACACAGGAAAUGUAUGUGCAGGCUUCGCCAAGAUGAUCCAAAGCCAGAGAGGAGGAGGCGGCCCAAGGGAAGAGGAAGAGGAAGCAAGAUGAAGCGAGCAAGAAACAGACUGAAAGACUGAUCUCUGUGUGAGUGAAUCUCAACACCAGCAGGGGAGGGAAGAGUAGGCUUCCUCUAGCAGUGGCUGGCUUCAGGUUGCAGGCAAAGCUUUAUAUGGAUCAUGUGCAGCUAGUAGAUUACGCUGCACAGAAUUAUAUAAAAAAACCCUCUUGCCUAUCUGAAAAUCUCUUUUUGCAAAAAAGAUUAAUAACAUCCACAUUGCUUCUGUGCAUAGACAUUUCCAUCCCUAUAGCUCUGGAUUAUGGCUUUGGUUUGGUUAUGCACCCACUGGUUCUCGGGCCAAAUAAAUGUGAUUAAUAUUACUUCUGCCAGCAAAAUAAUUUCUGAAGUGCACUUUUUCUUAAUUGCAGUUUCUGUCAGUUAGCUAAUACCAUCAAGUACACAUGAGGAGUGGAAAGGCUACUGGUUCAGUCGCAGAAACAGGCUUGAGAAGUACGAGCUCAUGAUUGGCACUAAGCAAAUGGAGCAUGGUAGUCUCUGUGAACAGAAAACAAAAAGAAUGCGCCCCCCCCCAUCUAACUAAAGAUAGUCACAUCGAAGUCCCAUUGAAAUCAAUUGGGCUUAAAUUGAUUGUGGUUAAGUUAUCCCAUUUAUUUCAAUAGGAUUUGAGCUUGAUUAACUUUAGCUGGAUUAUGGCCUGUGUUCCAAAGAUGAAUCUUUCACACCAAAUGUCCUUGAACACCAAAUGUGUUUUCAUCCCCAUGGGCUCCUACAGAAAUUUGAGAGAAGGAAAGUAAUCUAGCUCACCCUCUAAAAUUCUCUGGGUCUCAAAAUGUUUAAGGAUAUUCUGUAUUAGACAUCUUUUCUAAGCACCACUGAGAUACUUCCUUUGGGAUUUGUUUUCCCAGAGUUUUGGUAGCAUCACAGAGCAACCACCUUCAUUUUUAUAUAACACACCUUAGAAUCAGUGUGCAAACCAUCAGGUAUAUAUAAAGGUUUUUAAGAGAUGAAUUGAUUGUAUAACUAGAAUGCAAAAUCUUAAUGAG